AUCUAUUAUUCUCAUUGCUCAGCAUAUGUUUUAAGCUGAAAACUUUCCUCAGCUUCAUGUAAGAAUUCUGUUCUGCUCAGAAUGCCAGGCCUGGGUUGCAGGCAAACAGAUGUGAAUACAAACCCUACAAAGAGCUGAGGUUUACGGUGUUCCUGUUCCGCCUUCUACAUUUUUUUUUUCUCGUCCUUGUGCUCUUGUUUCUGAACAAGUGAAGCACAGAGAGGAUAAAGAUUUUGGCUUCCAGUAACAGCACAAAUUACACCGUAUUGCUUCAAAAUUAAGAUCAUCAUUCAAAAUGAAGACAGUUAUGUGGUUUGGGCUUGUGCUGGUUGCAGUCUCUACAGGCAAAGUUAUCUUCACCACAGUGGGACAGAAGACCAUCAUUCAGUGUGGCAUCAGCGGCGACAAAAACCAGCUUGAGUGGAGUCGUUACGAUCAACUGAUUCAUAGGAUUGGAAGAAGGACUUACCCUACCAAAGGCAAAAUGGAUAUUGUAUCAAGGUCAAAGAUAAGGCCGGAACCGAACCUGGAAAUCUCUCCUGUGAAAGAAGAGGACACUGGAAGGUUCACAUGUAAAGCAGAUGGAACAGUUCAAGAACAUACGCUUCUUGUGGUGUCCGUCUCAGCCAGUCCCUCUACUAACCUCCAGGUGGGCCAAGAGGCUACACUCGGCUGUCAGGUUAAGGUUAAAGAUCCAAACUUUAGGGUUGCAGUGGAGUGGAAGAAGCCAGGUGGAGCUCUGCAUGCAGAGGACACAGUUGAUCUCAAACCUGUUGCUGACUCAGAUGCUGGGACCUGGACUUGUACUUUAACCUAUGAAGGGGAGACGUACAGUCAGAGUCUGGACAUUAAAGUAUCAGCGCCUGCUCCCGCCACCACUGCACCAGACAAUCCCCAAAGCUCAAAGGAAAAGAACAUCCCUAAGCCUACUGGCAAAAACCACACCACUGACCGUAAGUCUGGUAAUGCUGAGCUGCUGCUGCUGGGUCUGCACUGGUGGGUGUGGUUGGCCGUAGGAAUCGGCGGCCUGGUUGUGAUUCUCCUCACGGUCUUUGUCAUCGUCUUGUGCAAGAGGAACAGGGAAAGGAAGAAGAAACUUCAGAGGAUGAAGAGCACCGAACAGCCACUGAAGCCCAAGAAGUACUGCCAGUGUGACCGCCAAGCAGCUGCAGCCAAACCGCAGCAAGGACGCCGCAGAGAGAAGCCAUCAGCCCUCCUUCUGCAACCCUGCUAAUGAAGCGACAUGAAAGGAAGACUGAAGAAAAGAGAGAAAUGGGAAGAAUGAGAGAGAGAGAGAGGUGGUUCAAGGGAGGGAAAAGAGCAAUAGAUGGACGGAGAGAAGAGUGAGAGCAUGUGGAAGAGAAUGUCAAUGAGCCUUUGAACGCUUCUAAAAAUCUAAUGGAACUGUGUAAACAUUUUCCACAAAGUUUAACCAAUGAAUAUAUAAAACCUGUCUCAGUAUUUUUUCCACCUGUUUGUCCCUCAAUUGUUUGUCAGAUUCUUGUUUGUGAUGUUGUUCACUUCACCACAUUAUCAUGUAUGCCUGCCUAUUUUCCUGGAGACUUGAAUUGUCUUGUACUUUUUUUUUUUUUACAUUUAUGCAGCAUCUUAACAUGCAAUGCCAAGUUAAAUAAUUGACUUUUAUAUAUGUGUAUGUAUAUAUAUAUAUAUAUAUACAUACACAUAUAUAUAUAUAUAUAUAUGUACUGCCUUCAAUCCUGAGAUUGUCUUGCAUGAAAAUAAUCUGUCUAUUUUUUCUCCAGUUAAUAAACUACGAAUACAAGUGCAAACUUUGCUGAAAUAUUUCUGUCCUCAUACAACACAGCGGGGAGGCUGAUGUGAUAUUCAUGUUGGUAUAAUUACUGAGAAGAUACAUUGAGUGGUUGAUUAAAGCAAAAGCAAUAAGUAGUAUAGGAAAAUAUGGCUUAAAACAACAAAUGUAACCGAUUAAAGCUUUCACAACCCCAUUCAGCAUCUUAACAAACACUACCUUUACUCUUCUUCUGACAUUUUAUGCUUCACCAUGUGCCUGCUGGUU